UCCCUUAAAAGAUGCUUCCACCGCCUCUCCCAGAUUCCUUCCUCUCCUUCACUUCUCUGAUGGUGAGCAUAGCAUAGCAUAGCAGCUCCAACCAUGGCUGCUUUCUCUCUCUCCUCCUCCCCUCCUCCUCUCUCCCUAAUUCCUCGCACCUCCUCCUCCCCCCAUGGCAGCAGACGCCUCUCCCUCUCCAAAUCCCCCUCCUCCUCGUCGCGUCCCAGAGUCUCCUGUUCCUCUUCUUCUGAGAAAUCCUCCCCCGGCGGCGAUAACAUUACUCCCAGCUCUUUUUGUAUCAUAGAGGGGCCGGAGACGGUGCAGGACUUUGUGCAGAUGCAGCUGCAGGAAAUUCAGGACAACAUAAGGAGCAGGCGGAACAAGAUUUUUCUGCUCAUGGAAGAGCUGAGGAGAUUGCGGGUGCAACACCGGAUAAAGAUGGCGAAGGAUUUCUAUGAGAGUGGUGAGGAAGAGUCGAACGAGAUGCCUGACAUUCCAUCAUCCAUCCCUUUUCUCCCUUCUGUGACAGCAAAGACUUUGAAGCAACUCUACCUCACAAGCGCAACAUUUAUAUCUGGGAUAAUUGUAUUUGGGGGCCUUAUUGCACCGACGCUGGAACUUAAAUUAGGCAUAGGAGGUACCUCAUAUGAAGAUUUCAUUCGCAGCAUGCAUUUGCCCAUGCAAUUAAGUCAGGUUGAUCCCAUUGUGGCGUCCUUUUCGGGUGGGGCAGUGGGUGUCAUUUCAGCAUUGAUGUUGAUUGAAGCUAACAAUGUUGAGCAACAAGAGAAGAAAAGGUGCAAGUAUUGCCAUGGAACUGGGUAUUUGGCCUGUGCUCGAUGUUCUGCAAGUGGUGUAUGCUUGAGCAUCAAUCCUAUAUCAGUAUCUAAUGCAUCUGACCGCCCUUUGCGAGUGCCCACAACUCAGAGGUGUUUAAAUUGCUCUGGUGCUGGAAAGGUAAUGUGCCCAACAUGUCUGUGCACCGGGAUGAUGAUGGCGAGCGAGCAUGACCCACGGAUAGAUCCAUUUGACUAAAGCAAACUGCUUAACAACUUUGGCAGUAGUGUUUCAUUCCCUCGUCAAUGUAGUGUAUCAUUCCCUUGUCAAUGUACCUUAGGAAUAAUAUUUCCACUCCAACCCUUCUUGAAAGCCAAAGAACAAAAAGUAAAUAAAGUAAAAAAAAAAAAGAUUGAAAAGAGCAGAUCAACACGAGUCGGGCGUUUACAGGCUGCCUUUUAUGCCAAGCUUCAUAGCUCAAACUGUUCUUGAUGACAAAGACACCCUUGCAAGGCCAAAGAGCUGUAGUUACAUUUAGUUGUUUUAUUGUGUGUUUUCUUGUGUUGGGCUUGGGCCUUGGACCCCGUCGUACCAAAAAAUAAUUGAUUUAUAAGAAAAUAAGGUAAUAGACAUAUCUUCUGAA